AAAAGAAAUUCUAAUAUGCAAGUUAAACUUUCAGAAAUACAUGUAUUUGGGCUUAAUGUGAUAGAUAUGGAAAAAGAAUAUGAGAAAAAGAAUCAAUCACAUCUUUUUAAAUUGUUUAACACAUUGAGCAAGUUCAUAAAAGAAAAAUAUGCCAGCAAAAAAAUUAAUGAUGAAAUGAACCAAAAAAUUUCUGUUUCUGUAUUAAACAUAGCAAAUAUUUCUCUUAUAACAACAAAUAAGUUACUUAAUAUUACUAAUCAAGAAAUUGAAAAAGAGAUGAUAUGA